AUGGUCAUACUAGGAGGAGUUUUCUUUUCGCAACUUCGGCCAUCCGUUACCCUCCCUACAAAUGCGGAGGUUGCUGUCGUUGAAGAAAGAAGUACUCCCGUCAGAAGAAAUUCGGACGAAGAUAGCCCUUUAUUGGAAUCCUCAGCUGCAUUAUCGAUAGGGAUUAGUCGUAGGGCAAAAAGGCUCAUGGCAGUAGCCGUUGCUCUCGUGGCUGGCAUCUUCUACGGAACUACUUUCGUCCCAGUGAUCUACAUCCAGGAUCAUCCCGAAAUGUUCCCUGACGCUACAAAGAAUGGACUGGCAUACGUAUUCGCGUACUACUGUGGAAUUUUCUUCACGGCCACCUUCCUGCUUGUUCUAUACAUCGCCUUCAGCGGUAAUAAUCCCAUCGCUAACAGUAAGAUCAUCGGUCCGAGCUUCCUGGCUGGAUGCAUGUGGGCGAUUGCGCAGAGUUUUUGGUUUGUUGCGAACGACAAUUUGUCACAGCCUAUCGCCUUCCCUAUAAUCAGCAUGGUACCAGGUGUAUGUGCAGCCAUGUGGAGUGUUUUCUAUUUUAGAGAAAUAACUGGUCAUCGAAACCUGCGCAUUCUGUUUAUCGCCAUUGGUACUACCCUAGUCGGUGCAGUACUUGUAGGAAUAUCCAAGUAA